GUUAAGUAAUAACAAGCUGCUCAUUAAUCGGAGACAACCUGAUCUAAUAUAAAUAUUUAAACAAAAUUCAAUAAUUUUAAACAAAUAUCUAUAAAAGAGAGAAAAUUUUCCAAUUAUGGCUGCUAAAAUGAAUGUUCUGGAGCCUCUGUCGUCGGCUAGUUCUGAAAGUGAUGAUGGAAUAGAAGUACAAUCUGAUUGUAUUGAAGUAUUUGCUGAGGGAGAAUUAGAUGAAGAAAACAGUCCUGAUAUAUACAAUCAUCCUGCUUUUCAGUCAGCUGUUUCUUAUCACCCUAGGCCUCCUUCCACUGGUUCCCAAAAAUCACCUAAAUGCAGAAGACAGAGAACUACUUCAUUAAAUCAGUCUUCAAAUAAGGGGUCUAAUGAAUCAGUGAUAAGAACCUCUCAUCGAACCAUUUAUACUGCAGGAAGACCACCUUGGUAUAAUAGUGAAGGUCAAAAAGUUGAACCUUUUGUCAUUGGUAUAUGUGGAGGCAGUGCUUCUGGCAAAACAACAGUUGCUGAAAAAAUCAUUGAAUCUCUUGGGGUUUCUUGGGUCACACUGUUAAGUAUGGAUUCAUUCUACAAAGUGCUAACGCCUAAGCAGCACGAGGAAUCACACAGAAAUGAAUAUAAUUUUGAUCAUCCAGAGGCAUUCGAUUUCGAAAUCUUAAUUGAAACUUUAUCAAAAUUAAAGGAAGGUAGAAAAGUUGAAGUUCCUAUUUAUAAUUUCGUUACACAUUCUCGUGAAUCAAGAACUAAAACAAUGUAUGGAGCAAAUGUCAUAAUUUUUGAGGGUAUUUUAGCAUUUUACAAUAAAGAAGUGAGAGACAUGCUGGAUAUGAAAAUUUUCGUCGAUACUGAUGCUGACAUAAGGUUAGCGAGGAGGCUAAAGAGAGAUAUUGCUCAACGUGGUAGAGAUUUGGAGGGCGUUUUGAAACAGUAUAACGGCAUGGUGCAACCAUCUUUCAAUCAUUAUAUAGCACCUCUUAUGGUCCAUGCUGAUAUCAUUGUACCUAGAGGAGGAGAAAAUGAAGUGGCUAUUCAAUUGAUUGUACAGCAUGUUCACACUCAACUACAAUCGAGAGGUUUAAAAAUCCGGGAAGAAUUAGCCCAAUCACAUGCCUUUAGUGGUCAGCCUCUACCAGACACAGUGAAACUAUUGCCAACAACGCCACAAAUUAGAGGUCUGCAUACAUUCAUCAGAAAUAAAGACACUGCCAGGGAUGAAUUUAUCUUCUACAGUAAACGAUUAAUAAGACUUGUCUUGGAAUAUACAUUAUCCUUGAUGAAAUUCAAUACAACAAUAGUGGAUACCCCACAGGGUUUCACUUACGAAGGAAAGAGAAUGGCAACUGAUAAAAUUUGUGGUGUGUCCAUUUUGAGAGCCGGUGAAACGAUGGAACAAGCUGUAUGUGAUGUUUGUAAGGAUAUAAGAAUUGGAAAGAUUCUCAUCCAAACAAACCUCCAAACAGGAGAACCUGAGCUGUAUUACCUAAGACUUCCCAAAGAUAUAAAAGACUAUAAGGUUAUUUUAAUGGAUGCCACAGUAGCUACAGGCGCAGCAGCUAUGAUGGCAAUCAGAGUUUUACUCGAUCAUGACGUACAACAAAGCAACAUUAUUAUAGUAUCGUUGUUAAUGGCAGAAUCUGGAGUUCAUUCUAUAGCAUAUGCCUUUCCAGAUGUUCAGAUCGUUACAACAGCCAUCGAUCCUGAAAUUAAUGAAAAGUUCUAUGUCUUGCCAGGUAUUGGUAACUUUGGUGAUCGUUAUUUUGGCACAGAGUACGAUUAAAUGAAUUAGCGUGUGUGAUUUUAAUAAAAUUUUAUUUUAUAUGUGUAA